CUGGGUGUGGGCGGGGCUUGUUGAGUCCUCUCUGGAUAAAUAGCCGUGUCCCUUUUGGGGAAGCAUUAGCAGCCCUGCUGAGCUCCCACCAACACCUCUGGAACCAUGCUCAGAUCUCUCCUGCGCUCAGCGCUCGUGUUGGCGGCAGUAUGCUGUCUUACAUAUUCAGAGAGCGUCAUCACUUGUGAGGAUCGGAUGCAGCGACUGAGUUGUGAUCAAGGAGUGGUCAGUGUGCUCACAGUGGCCUACGGACGGACUGACAGACAGACCUGCAGUGAAGGCCGGCCCCAAGGACAGCUGGACAACACUGCAUGCUCUCAAGGAGGCGCCCUGGAAACCCUUGCAAACAGGUGUAACGGCAGAAGGAUCUGUGAAGUGGACAAAACGAUCUUCAGUGACCCCUGCCCUGGCACCUACAAAUACAUCCAAACCACGUACACCUGCCUCCCUGCAAAUCAUGUCGUCGGCUGUGAGAUGUCGGAAGUGGAACUCUCCUGUGAUGCCGGCCAGACGAUAGCGCUCAUUGGAGCGUUCUACGGGCGCGCCGACCGAACCACCUGCAUAUACGAUCGUCCUGAAGUUCAAUUUAAUAAAAUCACUUGCUUUACUCCUACUGCGAACCGAGUUGUAGCUGAAAGGUGUAACGGUAAAAAUCGUUGUAGUGUCUAUGCACUGGACUCAGUGUUUCAGGAUCCCUGUCCUACGACCAUCAAGUACAUGGAACUGGCUUAUACCUGUGAAUAUCCCCUCUGAGGAGAGCAGCAGGCCUACACUACAAACACCAACAUCUGGAGACGCAUGCCCCCCCCCCCCCCCUCCAGCUCUCCACCUGAUGAAUGAAUCUUGAUCUUGCUUUUUGCAUUAAAUGAUUAUUACAACAUU